AACAAGGAGCACAGCUUCAGCUGCAUUAUUCACCUCAACAUCCUGAAAAGCAGAGCUACAGGCAGAGCGAAAAGAAACCUAUAUACAGAUACGGAGACGCACAGUGGAAAUUCAUUGACGAGCCGAUCGCCAUGUCGUUCUCCUUCUUCAAGAUUUUGAGGCCUAAAACGCCACAGGAGGUGGCCAAGUCCAUCAAGGACAGUCUCAUGGCCCUUGAUACCAAAACUGUUUUCGAAGUCAAAACCCUUGAGAAGGCUUUAGAGGAAGUUGAGAAGAAUUUUGUGACUAUGAGAUGCAUGCUCUCUGGAGAUGGGGAGUCGGAGCCAAAUAUGGAUCAGGUUUCACAGCUAGUGGAGGAACUAUGCAAAGAGGAUGUUGUUGCUUUACUAAUCUACAAGUUGCCUAUACUGGGAUGGGAAGCGAGAAAGAAUUUAGUCUACUGUUGGUCUAUAUUGUUGAGACAUAAAGUUGACUCCAAGUAUUGCUGUGUAGAAUACAUUGAACAACACUUUGAGCUGCUGGACUUUCUCGUUGUAUGCUAUGAUAAUAAAGAAGUUGCCUUGAACUGUGGAAUAAUGUUGCGGGAAUGCUUCAAAUUUCCAACACUUGCAAAAUACAUUUUGGAGUCUCCAAGCUUUGAGUUGUUCUUUAAAUUCGUAGAGUUGCCUGAUUUUGAUGUUGCUUCAGAUGCAUUUUCUACCUUUAAGGAUCUUCUUACUAAACAUGGAAAAUUGGUCGCUGAAUUUUUGGAAGCUCAUUAUGAUGAGUUCUUUGAUCUCUAUGACAAACUUUUGACAUCUUCUAAUUAUGUCACUAGGCGGCAGUCUUUAAAGAUUCUAUCAGAAUUUCUUUUGGAGGCUCCAAAUAUCCAUAUAAUGAAACACUACAUCCAAGAAGUUCGUCACUUGAAAGUCAUGAUGACAUUGCUGAGGGACUCAAGUACAAACAUUCAACUAUCAGCUUUUCACAUUUUCAAGGUUUUUGUUGCUAAUCCUAAUAAGCCGCGAGAUGUGAAAAUUAUCCUUGCAAAGAACCAAGAGAAGCUGCUGGAGUUACUUCAUAAUCUGUCUCCUGCAAAAGGAGACCUGAUGUUUCAAGAUUCACAUCUCUUGGCUCUUGCACUAUUUCAGGCUCAGAAGAUGAGCAAUUUGAGGAGGAAAAGGAGUUCAUCAUCCAGGAAAUCGAGACUGUCAAGUUAAAUUAAUUCCUCUGCUAGCAUUGUUUGCUUAUGCAAAAUUGCAGUGUUUUUUGUCCUGUAUAUUCCUAUGUGUUCUGAUGUAUAAUAUCUUAACUGAACUAAUAUCAUGUAUCAAUGAAUCAAAUGAAGUACCAGGUAUGGGGUAUUGAAAGAAUAAUUAUGUAGUCGACAAAGAACCCAACUGAAAUAGGUAACUUUCAUGGAAAUGAUUCAAUUUUGAAACUUGAUAA